GGAUUUACAAUACUGAUAUUGUUUAAAUGAUUGAUAGAAGAAUAUAGAAUUUACACAAUAAAGAAAAAAUUGAUAAGUGCAAGCUUAAAAUCCGAUUCUAUAUUCUGAUGUUUUGCGAAUUUGUAUUGGAUGAUAAAAAAGAUUGUAAUUGGUCGUUUUAAAAAAUGCACUUUAAAAUUCUAAUGACACAACGGAAUCCAAAGAAUCAGUACUACUUGUGGUACUCGAUAAAGAAAUGUGGGAUGAAUGUUUGAUUUGUUAAACAUGUUUUGUGUCAAAUUUGUGAUACAUAUAUAAUAUUAGAAUAUGGGUUAAACCAUGAAUUGCAUAAAAUGUAAAACAAUUUAUUUAAAUUAAAUGAUAUGAAGAAAAUAGAAAGAUAAAUAUGAUUGAUUUCUCUGAAUAACAGUUUGAACAAAUUAUUAUAUGAAAUAUUAAUAUGAGUAAUAUUGAAUCACAGAAGGUCUCAUUAAGAUCGUUAUUAACUCUUAACAAUAAUGAUUUUAAAGAAUUUAUUUGUGGUUGGGGAGCUGCACUUAUCAAUGUGUCUAUUACCUUCCCUAUUAAUAAAAUUAUAUUUAGACAGAUUUUGGAAGAUGUGCCAGUUAAUACUGCGUUUCAACAAAUAUCCAAAGAAGGAAUACGAUUGUUGUAUCGUGGAAUUUUACCACCUCUCUGUCAGAAAACUCUUUCAGUUAGUAUUAUGUUUAGUACAUAUGAAGGAUGUAAAGAACGUUUAUCCACAUUAACAAAUAAUGAUAUAUUAACUAGAAUAAUAGCAGCCCAUCUUGCUGGUACUGCUGAGGCUAUACUUAUGCCACUUGAAAGAGUACAAACAUUGCUACAAGAUUGGCGGUAUCAUACUAAAUUUAAAAAUACUUCUCAUGCAUUUAAAUAUUUAUUAAAAAAUUACGGUAUACCAGAAUGUUAUCGUGGUCUAGUUCCAAUUAUAUAUAGAAAUAGUUGUUCUAAUCUUAUGUUCUUUAUUAUGAAAGAACAGUCAAAAGUAUUUGUAGGUGAACAAGAAUCAUUGUUAACAAGUUUUAUUAAUGGUGCUUUAAUAGGUGGUUUGACAAGUACUAUAUUUUAUCCUAUGAAUGUAAUAAAAAUACAUAUGCAGUCAAAAAUAGGUGGUAAGUUUGAGAAAUUUAUAACUGUUACUCACGAAAUAUACAUUGCUAGAAACAAAAGUAUAACAUCAUUUUAUAAAGGUGUGCAUUUGAAUUGCAUGAGAUCACUUAUUAGUUGGGGAAUUAUAAAUGCAUCAUAUGAUUUCCUAAAACAAAUCAUGUUCUCAUAGAGCUUCAUUUUAGAAAUAUUUAUUUAUAUAUUUAUUUACACAAAAUUUAGAAAGAAAUUCUAAUUCUUGUAAAAUAAACUAUAUUUUUUAAUUGAAGCUAUUAAUCGCACAUUUUACUUGCAAUAAAUUGUAAGGACUGCACAGAAGUUAGCAAAUUUUCAUUUUAUAAAUAGUUCAUAAUAAUAUAGAAAAAAGUGUAAUUAAUUUUUUUAACUGUAUAUAAUAUGUAAACAAAAAAUUCACACAUAAAACUUUUGAAAUUUAGUCACUUUUCAAGAUUAAAAAAUAAAUUUUGUGUAGUGAUUAAGUAUUAGUUUGUUAAUUUUAAAUAAGUAAUCAGUGAAAUUAACUGACAAUAUUCUAAAGCAAAUUAUGAAAAAUUAUUUUUUUAUUUGUUGUUAAUGAAAAAAAAUGAAAUGGUUCUGUAUUUAUCGUGAGAUAUACAUCUCAGAAUAAAACUAAUAUUCAAUAAUUAUAUUUAAUAUAAAUUUAUGUAUUAUAUAUACUAUAUAUACAUGUUACAUAAUAUAUAUAUACAUAUAUAAUACAUAUUUAGCUCAAUUAUACAUUACAGUACUAAUAAAAAAAGUUGCUGCAAAAUUCAUUGGAAACAUUUUAUAACACACCACACAAAAAAUCAUUCCCUACCUUGCUGUUGAGAGUUCUCCCAAACUCUUGAUGGCCAACUUGUUCCUGAAUCAAAAGCUGAUGUUAUUUAACAUUGUAAAGUGUAGUAGCAAUAAAUAAAUAAUUCUCACGAUGAAAA